AUGAUUGACCCUGGCAGCUCUCAAGUCUCCAGCCGCCGUCGCCGCAACCAUCGUUAUGGCAACUCCAGAGACACUGAUACAUCCGGAGAUGCAUCUCAAUGCAAGUCGUGCCCCGAAGAAAAGGACAGGAUCUGUUCUCUGACGCAAGUAGGCAUGACCUCCGGUGAUGUGUCCCCAAAGUCGCCCUGCGUCACCCGCGGGCUUGGCUUGACCGAAGCUGCACUCUUCGAACUUUGUGAUAUUGUUCGAGCAGGGCUUGUCGGCGACAACAGCCCACCGGAGACGGCAACUGAGAGCAUCACGACUUUCCUGGAAGCAGCUGCUAUCGAUGAGAUGUGUAGUAUCCCGACCAUCCCGCUGGGCACAAUCAGGAAGACGCGUCUUGAUAAGCUACUCAUCGACAUUCUCAGCCCAGAGAACCAUAUCGAUGCUGGACCGUCUUACCCAUGGACCCAUGUGGAGACGGCGCAGAGGCUUCAGCGACAAUGGCGAGCGCGCUUUCGUGAGCGCUUCUUUGACCUUGAUCAAAGUCGAUAUCGAGCUCUAUCUAAGACUGGUGCCCUACGGGGCGUCACGUUUUGCAAUGUCGUGGAGCCUGAUGGCGACCUGUGGCAGGCAGCAGCAUGCAACUCGCUCUCCGAGGGCGAGGGAAACCCCCAGUACGAGCCUGGCUCAGACGGCAUUGUUGACAGCACGGUCGAGCGCGUGACAAAAGGUCCUCAGGGAGUUACGGCGCUCCCGCUGUUGAGCGGGAGCGAAAGGCUCUGUUCGCCUUUUGGGUCCGUCAAAUACGCACGCGAAGGCAAACUAUCUGAAAUGCAUCUGUGCCUCAUCUCCCAGGUCGGGAAGCAGAUUCGCAUCCUGCGUGGGCACCGCCUUCGCAGCCCGCUUGCACCGAGAGCCGGCGUCAGAUACGAUGGAUGGUACAUCAUCUGUCAAUAUGGCCAGAAGUUCAACGAGGAGACGGGCCUGAGCCGCGUCGAGAUUACACUGGAGCGAGCUUCGGGUCAGCGCCCGUUCGAUGACGUUGCCAAGGUGCCCCGGCCGUCGCAACUCGAUGACUGGCAUCUUUACGAGAAGUACGAAGGUGAAAUAAUUCGCCAGCGACGCGGCGAGCAGGGCUUCUUGGACUGGAAGAGAGCGAAAGCGGAGGAGACGAUGGACCUCGAGCAAUGGCGUCAGGCGCUGGAACUUGGCAAAGAUCUGAAGCUGGCGAAGCCGAGCAGGAGUACACGCUCGAUGGUGGGAAAUUAG